UGUCAAUAGCGAUACUUUGGAGAAUUGCUUUUGAAAUUUUGAGGGAAAAUGAUUUCCCAUCUUGAAUUCUGUAUGUUCAGCAAACUAUAAAUUACAAUGAAGGUGGGAGGCAGAUUGUCCUUCUGGCGUGAAGGUUUUGAACGAGAUGAUGUCGCCCGUGCUUGUCUCUCUGCUCAUCAAGCUUGGUCACUACUCUGCCUAUUUCUUGGAGUUGCCUAUGGAACCAAGCUCAGGUUACCUGAAACCUUGGGCAGAAGAGGAAAAGAGGAGAGUGGCUGAGGAGAAAAAGAAACAGGAUGAACAGAAAUGGAUUGAGAGAGAACUGGCAGUAGCCCAAGAUGACAGCAUACUAAAGUGAGCCUGCCGUUCUGUGGAAUGGUGUGGAUGAAUAAAGCUUUCUGUGUUGUGUGAAAAAAA